AUUUCGCUGAAGGCAUGCCGUUACAAGGAGCUAGUUCAUAAGAGUUCGUAUUUGGCCCUACAGAAUCAUCAGCUUAUGCAAGAUAUUGAAAAUAUGAAAUUCGAAGUAAGCGAAUCUCGCACGCAUCAUCUUGGAGACUCUCACAAGAAGGAUUUGUGUCAA